GAUAUAUUUGAUUUAUGGGCUACCGUGGAAGAAAGGGAACAUUCUUUAUGUCACGACAAGAUAUUUCCCAGGCUUGUUGCUCUGUUUAUCCAUAGGCAGUGAGUCCAAAUAACAUACUCUAUCGUCAACUCCCAGCUAAGCAGGAUAUGGAAGUGAAUCAUCUCCAGAAUGAACAUUUUGUGACUUGUAAAUCUCUACAUUCAGUGUGGUAUGGUGCUGCUUCGCUCUCCAUGGCUUGUGCAGAAGGUAUCUUCACCCUUCGCACCUAUGUAUUAUGGGGACGGAAGAAAUUCAUUAUGGGCCUUAUAUUGUCGACGAUACUUUGCCUGGUGAUGUUGGAUGUGGUAAUGACCACAGCAAUCUCGAAUCGGUUGGAACUCCUACUAUGGGGCGCGGGUUGGGGUUGCUACUCACCGUCACGCAACAAAAUGGCUGCAGCUCCUUGGUCACUUCUGGUAGCAUUCGAGCUGGAGAUCAUAAUACUCACCAUGAUUCGUGUAUAUUCAGCGUACCGUGAAAGAGGAUGUCUGCUGCUUGAUAUCCUUCUGCAACACAACAUUUUUUACUUCGGAACUGGGUUAACACUAUCGGUGCUCAAUAUUCUAACCAUCGUAUACCUACCGUAUAUUUCAGAUCUUUUUGGGACGUUUCAAAUCAUCAUGCAUUCAAUCGUCGUUACUCCCUGGGAUAAUACUACACUCUCAGUGGACACACGUUGAACUUGAGACGUGUUCGCACUCGAAUGCAUGAUAUUGUUAAUGCGGCAAGGACUGCCCUACGGGGUUCACUUCCCCGAGUGGAAGCUAUUAUUGUGAAACAGUCGUAAUAUAGAAAGCAAGACAUUCGCACUUUCAUAUGAUGAAUCGAAUUUGCAUGUUCAAGUUGCGCUCAGGUUUUC